AAUCAGAGAACAGUCAAAAAUGGCGUCUGUGCAUAUGACAUGUAGACCAUUGUUUAUACUUAAAUGAAAUUAUAAUUAUUGUUUACAUUUAUAUCUUAAGUUAAUAAAAUAUAAAUAAUUUAAUUAUUGAUAUGGAGGUUCUGCCAGAGGGUGUCAGUGCACCCCUGAAAAAGGGCCCUGGCCUAUAUGAGUUUCUUGUGGAAGCCCAACUGCAGCAUUACUUUAAUAGCUUUAAGAAUAAUUUGAAGGUAACACAUCCUUCACAAUUAAAGUUCACAACGGAGGGUGACUUAUCAGAAUUAGGCAUGUCUAAACCAGAGAUGAGGAGGCUGAGAAAAUAUUAUGAGAAACACUUUCCAAAUAAUUACCUCUCAAAGUUUAAAAAACUGUUAUCAGUACGUAAACAGGAAUCAAUAGGCACAGAUCCAGUAUCUUUAAAUAAUGACAAUGCUCCAGUUGGUAGAGCUACAAGAGUUCCUAGCAAACAUAUCAUACCUGCUGCAAAUAUAACUGUAAACAAGGAAUUGGGUAUGGGUGAAUUUGGUGUUGUUCAGCAAGGUGUUUGGUGCAAUGAGGGAGAACGGAUUCAAGUUGCUAUUAAGUGUUUAGCUCGUGAAAGAAUGCAAACAAAUACAAUUGAGUUUUUGAAAGAAGCAGCUAUUAUGCACUCAAUUGAUCAUCAUCAUAUAGUACGUUUUUUCGGAGUCGUAUUAGAUACAGGCUCAUUAAUGCUUGUAACAGAGUUGGCUCCUUUAAGGUCUUUGUUGGAGUGUUUGAAAGAGCCUUCAUUGCGAACAAGUUUUCCAGUACUAACAUUGUGCGAUUUUGCUGUUCAAAUUUGUGAUGGAAUGCAGUAUCUGGAAUCAAAGAGAUUAAUACAUCGUGAUUUGGCAGCUAGGAAUAUUUUGGUAUUUUCAAAGAACAAGGUUAAAAUAUCUGAUUUUGGGCUAAGCAGAGCAUUGGGACAAGGAAAAGAUUAUUACAAGACUAAUUUUAAUGUAAAUUUGAAACUUCCAAUAGCUUGGUGCGCCCCAGAAUGCAUAAGUUAUUUGAGAUUUACUACAGCCACCGAUGUCUGGGCGUUUGGUGUCACAUUGUGGGAAAUGUUUUCCUAUGGAUUUCAACCAUGGGCUGCUCUAACAGGACAACAGAUUUUGGAAUCUAUUGACGAGCCUAAUUUUCAAAGGCUGGAACAGCCUGACUGCUGUCCUCAAGAUCACUACGCUCUGAUGUUGGAUUGCUGGAGGCACGAGGCCAGCAGUAGGCCUAGAUUUAUAGAUAUUUCAACGCGAUUGAUUGAUUGUAGACCUGAACAAGUACAAACCAAAGUUGGUGGAUCCGGCGACGGUCCACAUUUAUUACAUUAUAGAAUUGGUGAUGUAAUUACGGUUUUGGAUAAAGUAUCAUAUCGGCCUUAUUGGAAAGGCGUGGCCUCCAGCGGGAAGGCGGGACUUUUUGAUCCAAUCAAUGUUGUCGCUUAUUUGGGAAGUGAUUUACCAAGUUCAAAUUUCUUACGCACAGACGCAACACGCACAUCAGCACGACGUAAAUUACGCAGUGAGAUGAUUAGUGCUCCUCAGGGUGAUUUUAAGCACACUGGUCAUGUAGGUUUGGAUGGAGCUUACUUUGGAGAUAUCAGCUUUUUAGGUGGAGCUAAAGUUGAUUAUGGUGGAAUUCCAACACAGGUAGUGGCACCAUACAGACCACAUGAAGACUUGGAAAUUGCACCACUGCUCGAAGGCGACCGAAUUUUGCCACCGCCGGCACCAGCUCCAGAUCACGAAUAUCAUGAAAUCAGUGACGAUGAAAAUAAUCAUAGUCCUUCACUCGAUUUAGGACCAUCUUUGAUGGCCGAGAUGCAGAUGGUUUUCAAAACAUUAGGACAACCACUACAGCCACCUCCUUCCCCCGCCGAUCACGAGACUACGAACAAAACUAAUGAAAUGCGUGAGCGCAAUAAACCUCGUAAGCAGGUUGUUAAUGUGAAGCCCAUCUCGGCCCAAGAUCAAAAAACUUUGGAUACAGCUAUUGCGUUAGCUAAUGAAAUAACUACACGAUCUAUGAGUGCUCCAGCACCAACGACGCCAUCGUCCCCAACUAAGAGAAAAUUUAGUUUUCGUUUUCCUUCUGUCACUGACCAUCAUCAUGAAAAGAUUGUCGAAAGGCGUAAUUUUUCUGAAGAGGCUCAGUCCACACCUGAUCUUCAGCAUCGUCUGCGUUGUUCAUUAACAUCACUUGACGAGUUCUCGCAAAAUAACAUACGUCUACCUCUAUGGGAUAAAGCAUCGGCAGAAUUUUGUUUCGCCAAAUCUCGCGAAUUGCUUACGAAACCUUUUUUUUCUCAUCAUCAUCAUCAUCAUUAUCAAAAGGCCCCACAUAAUUCGUGUAGAGAUUUAAAUACUUCAGUGAUGAGUUCAAACAAUGCUUAUUCUGAAGCUUCUGCGGGUAAUAUAGCUCUAAGGGAAUAUCCUCGGAGAAAUUUAGAAUCGCGUUUUCAACAGUUAUCACUUGACGGUGGGGGAGAUUUUUAUCCUUCACAAAUAUACCGUGACCGUACUCUUACUAAAUCAGAAAGUAUGGCAAGAAAAACUUAUAAAAAUGAUAAUAAAUUUAAUCGAUUCGAGAGAAACGGUAGUUUCCUGCAUGACAUACGACCACCCCCUCCGUCUCCUUUCAAUAGCAGAAACGGCGCUGACGGUAUAUUUUUAAAUGAGUACUAUGAUCAAGCUUACACGCCUAUUGAAACUUAUGAUAAUGUGUUUGUAUAUGAUAAUAGCUUUCCAAAUGAGACGCCAACAUUUGCUGAGACUACCCGCCCAAGGGCGAUGAGUUAUUCAGAGUCUCAAGAGAUAUUACCUAAUAAGAAAAGUUCCGGAAAAAGCAUUCGAGAUAGAAACCGUCGUAGACAGUCAUAUAAUCCUCAGGCAUAUGCACAAAGUAGUAGUAGUGAAUCAGAUUGCACUAGCCUGGGCUCCGUUGAUUUAGAUUGGAGGCGCAGGAAGAGGCUUAGUAGAUUAUCCGCUUCCAAUAGUAGCAUUCGUUCAGAAAUGGUUAUUAGAUCCCGUAAUUUUCUGAAGCCGGAUUUAGUUGGGAAAAUUUUAGGUCGUUCGCCUCCACCAAGCAAUAGCAUUUUAAGCGGUUUGAGUCCAACGAGUGUCGCCAGGUUGCAAAAUCAUAAUGUUAAUACCUCAUCAGACUCGAGUAUUUAAGAAUAUAUUAUAAAUAGGAAAUGCCAUAAUAUAUAAUCAUACAUUCGUCAUAUACAAAAAAAUCUAUAUCGGUUCUGAAUGUAGAAAAUUAUGUUUCUGACAAUGCUAUAAUUUUGUAUCGAUGAAGUCUAGUAAUCAUCGGUUGAAUCGUAGUGGCUUCUCAUAGUAGGGUGCUCUUAAAAUAUCUUCGAAUAUAUCGAAAAUUAUAUAUCCUCUCAAUUUGAAUGGAAGAAAAAUGUAAACUGUCCGCCCAUUUUGAUACAUAAAUAAGUUUAGGAAUUUAAUAAACCAUACCUAUUAUAUAUAAUCAUACUACCAUGUGAUAUUUUAUAUUCAUUGUAAUCUUAACAAAAACCAAUAUAUAAUCGGAUAUGAACGUAUAUUUUGUUCAGUUUUGCUAUUUGUGAUGAUGCU